AUGUGGGGCUCACCAUCGGACUCCACAAGCCUCCCUUCCACUGAGGUCCCCGUUGUGCUGGGUCCCAGCCUUUGCACCCCAGAAGACAUGGGCGCCCCAAAAUCUCCAUCACCACCCUCACCACCACCUCAUAACCAGUGGCUCCUGGAGUCCCCAGAGGGUCCCAGCGAAAGUAUAUCCAGAAUUCAGGUGGGCCCUGGUUGUGUGGCCCGCUCUACCAGUGCCCCCAUUUCCUGUGCUUCCAGUGUGACAGUAGUUCCCCCAUCCUGUUCUGCGGAAGCCGCCUCUGCUCAACCGCACCCUCCUUGGUCCCCCAGAGAAGGAUGCAGGACCUGGAAAACCAGCCCACAGCCCCCCUGCAAGCUGCGGCCGCACUCCUUGGUGGACAGCCCUGCCUGCACAGACACAAGGGUCCUGGUGGCCAAGCUUCUGAAACACUCUCACGGAGCCCUGGCUGAGGUGUGCCAUGUGGCCUGUGCAGUGCACACGGGGGAUGCCCCUGAGGAACGACACUGUGAUGAAACUUUCCUCGGUACCAGCAUCCUGGACCAGGACGACCAGCUCCUGGAGGACGCCAAGACACUGGGAAAGUGUGGUUUCACCAGUCAGACACGAGACCCCCAGGCUCCGGCCACAAUGGGGCUGGCCUUCCAGCCAGAGGACACAUUUGAGGUCCUCCACAUUGAACCAUUCUCCAGCCUGUCGGAGCUACUGGACAUGAUAAAGCCACAGGAUUCAGGAAGCAGCACCAGUGAACAGGCUGCGCAGUGA